CGCACGUCGCGUUCGUAGCGCGUGCUACGUUAUCGGCUACGAGAAUCGUUUAUCUUACUUUGAAACUUUUUAAUUUAUUUCACUUCAGAUUUUAAUUAUUAAAAAGCGUGAUAAAAAUAUCUGUUCAUAUUUUUAUAAAGAUAGUUAUUUAUAUUACAAUAUUUUAUGUUAUUAUAAUGAACGUAGAAAUAUUGAAGAUUCUUAAGAAUGAAGUUAAAAGUGAAAACCGGAAAAGAAGACACCAUUGGAUGCCUAGAACCCAAACACUCCGGAUGCCAAAAGAAAACUACGACUUGAAAAAGGAAAUGGCGAGAAGACAAGUGGCAGGUCAAUGGAUCAAGAGUAAAGGAACGAUUCGAAUCCAAAGGGAAUUGCGAUACAGACGGAAGAAGGAGCGGGCGAAAAGACAAGUUGAAACCGUCACGGAGUCAAGAUUGGAGAUAAGUUCGCGUAGAUCUACUCCUCAGUCUCGUAUUUUAGCUGAAUGGAGUGGUGUGACAGGGGGUCCUCCAGCUGAAGUGGUAUUGAGGUUACAUCCAUCAACAGUAACUUACCCUGGACAGACAACGAGAUAUAACUUUUCCUCGACUGAGAUUGAGAGGAGUAAAGUAACUGAUUGUCCACCAGCAGAAGUAGUUUUGCGUCGACACACCUCAAAACCAGCACCUGAUAUAACAAUCGCCAAUAUGUCCUUGUCAAAUGUCGAUGGCAGUGGUGUGGUAGUAAGAGCCGAGGAGGCAUUAAUAGUUGCCUUCGUUCUCUUACUCUGGGUUGCUGCUAUAGCUCUGUUCUUCAACCGUUGGGGCAAGAUCAGGAUGCUUGAGCCAUAUCAACCCAAAUUUCAACAGCAACAUCGACAAAGUUGCGUGCUCGCGGAAAAUUCUGUUUCAGUACCCCCUCACCAUCGAGCAUCGCUUUCUCGUGGUUGUGUCUCAUACGACUAUGGAGCAUCGUUCCCUGCAUAUCAACCCUGUGGCUAUCUUUCACACCGGCCACGACAGAAUUCUGUAUUCGUUGGAAGUAUGGGUGGAAUGACCCUUAUACCGGAGAGUCCACCGAGACGUUCCCGUUCAGCAGCCGACCUGCCAGCUUUGAUUACACCUUCCGACCACAUGCCCCACACGCCGAGAUCAUCAAGGGCAGCAAGCCUCCAUAGUGCAGUAGACCUUAGAGUAUGUGCCCCAUCCCCAAGAACUUCGAGAGCCGCAAGUCUACACUCAGCAGUGGACAUGCCCCAAGGAUCAGUUCAAGUCCAUGUUCGAGGUUCAGUGACAAAUUUAAACAGACCACGAAGUCCAAGACGAUUGACUAUUACCAAUGUAUAAGUGACUCAAUAUUGAUGGACCAUUUUUCUUGAUAAAUAUCGAUUUAUUUAUCACCAUUAUUCUUUAAAGUGUACUCUCGAACAUUGGUUUUAUGAAAAGAAUGUGAAUACUAUAAAUUGUUAAAGAGCCAAAAUGUGUAACUAUGUUCAUAUACUUUAGAAACACACAUUUUGUUCCUUCUUGUAAAUUAUAAAUAAUAAAAAAUAUAUCCUCUAAUAUUUUAA